AUGAAUCUCAAAGAACUUUUAAGAGAUGUUGACGACGCAGAGGGUCCUGGGUUGCCCUCUGUAUCAGCAAGCGAUGGUCAGGCAGGAGAUGCUGAAUUAGUCUCUAUAUCUGCAGGCAACGCAGAAGAUGUCUUGACCAAGCACGUAAGCCGUCUCACCAAGGCCGCUGAUGAUGGUAGGAUCGUUGGUGGUAACGACACCAGCAUCCAAGCGGUUCCUUAUCAGGUUUACAUUCUUCUGCAGAAAGGGAAUGACUACUUCCAAUGUGGAGGCUCUAUCAUCAACAAACGUAACAUUUUGACGGCCGCUCACUGUCUUACUGACAUACAAAAAGCGUACGUGCGAGCAGGAAGCACGGACUCCAAUGAUGGCGGCCAACAGUAUGAAUCUAGGGCUUUAAUCCAGCAUCCGAUGUACAAUCCGACCACCAGCGACUAUGACGUAGGGAUCAUCAAACUCCUCAAACCAAUAAAGCUAGAUGGUACUACAACUAAAGCUGUCAAACUGGCACCGAAGAAUAGUAAAGUUGAACCAGGAACAGACAUCCUUGUUUCUGGAUGGGGGACUACUUCUGAAAACGGUAAUACUAGUACAAAUUUGAUGUCAGUGAUAGUGCCUGUGGUGUCAAACCAGGACUGCAGCAAAUCUUACAGCGGGAUCACGAGUAGAAUGUUCUGCGCUGGCGUAGCCGGGAAAGAUUCAUGCCAGGGUGACUCGGGUGGUCCUGCAGUAUCCAACAGUGACAAAGUUCAGCGUGGGAUCGUAUCAUUUGGCAUUGGAUGCGCACGUGAGGGUUAUCCUGGUGUUUAUACUAGAGUGGCUGCUGUCCGCAGCUGGAUCGACCUAAAUAGUCUUAUUUAA